AUGGUCGGGCUGAAAGAGAGCGACGGAUCUGGGAAGGCGCUGGACAAUGAGAUUGGAACUUCUACCUAUACGUUUGAUUAUGUUCGUUUGAAGUUGUUGAAAAACAGCGAGGAGUUUCGACAGUUGAACCAGAAGAAUAAAAUUUCCGAGGUAAAUUUUUUUUUCAGCUUAUACGGAAAGUCGCCGCGGACUUAAAAUGACGACACACACUGUGCGAAACAAAACUUCUUUUUACGCAUUUUUCUGGUUUUUACUCCGUGCGACUUUUUUUUUUGGUUAUCGCUCGUACCAUGGAUUUUUGCACCUUCCAAAAAUCAGCCCGGUAUCUUUCCGGAAGGACUAGUUGGGAAGUGUGACGCACGACAAACUGAGGAGUCCGGUGACCGUGAUAGACCUUUCGCUAUCGGUUCGUUACACUUGGUCUUGAAUCCACAGAGAAGGCAGAGAAAAGGCGCGCAAAACGUACUCUCUCGCCCCAAAAGUACCACAUUUCUUCCCCGACAAAAAAUUUUUUGCGUCUUUUUUUGGCGAAUUGCCAUUAAUGCACAGAGCAGUCUUAGCUUAUCUCAGUUUGACGUGCGACGCUCAAAUUUUGAUUAAGCCCGGCACAAAUUUAGAACAAUUUUUUCGAAAAAUAUUGGAAAAUGCGCAGUCAUCGAAAAUCUCAGGCGGCUCUGCAAAUCCCGGGCUAUAGAGCUCGCAUAUUUUGUAGAAAGAAUUAUUCUAAGCAUAUGUCAAGUUAUUCAAACGUCUCAGGCCUCCUACAAGAUUAUUGGUGCUGGAGAUGGCAUCGUUUCGUCCCUCUACAAAGUCACGUUUGCCUUCGACGACGACGCACAAUUUUCUGUUGUGCUAAAAGUUCCGACCAACGCAGUUAUCAAUUUCGAGGGUAAGUUGAGCUGAUCGUUGACUUAAGCCCAAUUUCAGACACCAAUGUCCCACACGAGUGUGAGUGCAAGUUAUUUGACUUGAUAAAAGAUCUCAAAGAUCUUCCCGUACCAACCUGCUACUACACUGAGCUUGGCGGCGAGAAGCAUCCGGGCUGCAUCAUAAUGCAAGAUCUCUCCGAGAGCUGCACGGGCAUCUCAAUAAAACGCUACGUUACAGAGGAGCUGUGUUUUGAAAUCGCCAAAGUUUUGGCCAAGUUCCAAGCCUCCAUUGGAACGUUGGACGAAAAGAAGUGGAAAGGAGUUUUCAAAAACGACUUAUUCGCGCGGGAGUUUUAUGGAAGAUGCUAUCAAACGUAUCUCGGCGAUACCGCAGUAAAAUGCGGGUUGAGUAAGUAGGCAUGGUAAUAAAGGGUAGUAAAAUGUAUAUUGUAGAAGCUGAUCUGAUGAAGAAGUGUAUGUGUCUAACGAACAGUGACUUCUCCAAGUUUGCGACCAAAGGGAUUGCUGAGAAACAUGGUAAGGACUGGUUUGGUCACUUCUCAGUCUGUCGGAAAAAUAAUGAGCACUUUGUCGCACCGAAAAUCGCAUGAAUUGGUCGCGGCAAAAUCAAUUUGAUUUUCGCUUCAGCGACGCGAUCGGCGCAGCGGCAUUGUGCUCAUUAUUUUCCCGACAGAUUGAUGAUCAUAAAUUUAGAUGUCGUGACACUUUGCCACGGCGACGUCCACUCAAAUAACAUAUUAUUCUACAAAAACGAAGACAAUUCCGUUUCGAAUCGUAUCGCGGCUCUCAUCGACUGGCAGGCGGUUUUUGAUGGUAAGCAGUGCCGUUUAAAGCAAUGAUCUUUCUUAUCCAGGAAAUCCGUUAUCCGAUUUGGCCAGAUUCAUGGUAUGUUGUCCGCAAGGCAACGUUCGGCGCGCCUGCGAAGCCAGAGUUUUAGCCACUUAUUAUGAAACUGUGUGCGAUGAGUUCACGAAGAAAGGAUUCAGGAUUCCGUUCAGCAGCGAACUGGUAAGAAAUUCUUAACAUAACUCCGAAAUUUUUAGUGUCAAACCUUGUACGAAUACGCCUUUCUCCAACAAGUUCCGUCUGCCAUGAUCCAUCCUCAACUACUUUACGACGUCGAGUUGGAAGGUGUUGAAGAGAAGGUUAAGUCGGCAACAAGAGAUAUUCUUUCGUUGAAAGCAAACCACGCAAUGGAGGAUGCUCUACCGCUGAUCAAGAAGUAUGACUUGGAAAGGAAAUAUCAGGUCGACAAAGCAUCAAAAAGCCUUGACUCUACCUCUGCCUAA